CGACCCCGGGACCGUCCCAGCCUUCCCGGUCGCGGGCCCGCUCGGGGGCGCAGGCGCACUGGCGCGCUCCGGUUCCACGCUCCGGGCCUGUCGCGGCCGCGAGUUCCGGCCGUCGCCGCCGCCGCCGCUCCCGGAGAUCGGUUGCGACGAGUAACGGCGCGGGGACGAGCCCCGCGCCUCCCUCUCCGCCAUGUACCCCAACUGGGGCCGGUAUGGCGGGAGCAGCCACUAUCCGCCGCCGCCGGUCCCGCCGCCGCCGGUGGCGGUUCCGGAGGCCUCGGCAGGGCCCGGCUACUCGAGCGCGGCGCCCGCAUCGUCCGGCUUCCUGAGCUUCCGCGAGCAGCACCUGGCGCAGCUGCAGCAGCUGCAGCAGAUGCACCAGAAGCAGAUGCAGUGCGUGCUGCAGCCGCACCACCCGCCGCCCGCGCCGCCGCCGCCGCCGCCGCCGGGGGGCGCCUACGGGGACUGGCAGCCGCCCGGCCCGGCCCUCAGCUACCAGAAGCAGCAGCAGUACAAGCACCAGCUGCUGCAGCACCCGCGGGACGCGCCCCCCGCCAUGGUGACCAUGGAGCUGGACUCGCCGCCCGCGUCGCCCGCGCCGCAGCCCUACCCGCCGCCCGCCUACUACCCGCCGCCGCAGCCCUUCCCGCCGCCCGCGCAGCCGUCGCCCGCGCAGUCCCCGCCGCAGCCGCCGCCCGCCUUCCCGCCGCCCGCCUUCCCGCCGCCCGCGCCGCCCCGCGCCAAGGCCCCGCUGCUGCCCGCGCCCCCCGGGCCCCCCGCGCCGGAGCCCCCAGACCCGCAGCCCGAACCGGACCCGUCCACCAUGACCCCGCAGGAGCAGCAGCAGUAUUGGUAUCGACAGCACUUGCUUAGUCUGCAACAGAGGACGAAAGUGCAUUUACCAGGACACAAGAAGGGCCUCACGACAGCAAAGAGCUCCCCUGAGCCUGUGAAAGAAGAAGCUCCCAUACCAUCCAGCAGUAAAGUUCUAGAGGCCACUUCCUCCAAGGAGUCCCCCUUACCGCCACCUAGUGAGGACGUGCCUCCUGUCCCGCCGGAGGAGCCCAAGUCUGAGGACCCUGAAGAAGACGCCAGGUUAAAACAGUUGCAGGCCGCAGCCGCGUACUGGCAGCAGCACCAGCAGCACCGCGUGGGCUUCCAUUACCAGGGGAUAAUGCAGAAGCACACCCAGCUCCAGCAGAUCCUGCAGCAGUACCAGCAAAUCAUCCAGCAGCCUCCCCACAUGCAGACCAUGUCUAUAGAUUUACAAUUACGACAUUGUGAGAUGCAGCAGCAACAGUUUCAACACCUUUACCAAGAAUGGGAUCAAGAGUUCCAGCUGUGGGAGGAACAGCUGCAUUUGUAUCCUCACAAAGAUCAGCUGCAGGAGUAUGAGAAGCAGUGGAGAACCUGGCAGGGCCAUAUGAAGGCCACACAGACCUAUCUCCAGGAGAAAGUCAAUUCAUUUCAGAACCUGAAGAACCAGUACAUGGGGAACAUGUCAGUGCCGCCUCCUUUUGUCCCCUAUUCUCAGCUGCCUCCCCCUCCACCCACCAUGCCUCCUCCGGUCCUGCCCCCGUCACUGCCCCCACCUGUGAUGCUCCCUGCCCUACCAGCGUCAUUGCUACCACCUGGCAUGCCCCCACCCGUGAUGCCACCAUCGUUACCGACCUCUGUGCCCCCACCGGUGAUGCCACCGUCUCUCUCUUCAACAGGGCCACCACCGGUGCUCCCCCCACCUUCCCUGUCUUCUGCAGGUCCACCACCAGUUCUUCCUCCCCCAUCUCUGUCUUCAACUGCACCUCCACCUGUCAUGUCCCUCCCACCAUUGUCUUCAGCCACACCUCCUCCCGGAAUACCUCCCCCCGGGGUCCCGCAGGGGAUCCCUCCUCAGUUAACAGCGGCCCCAGUUCCCCCAGCCUCCAGUUCUCAGAGCUCACAGGUUCCAGAGAAACCUAGACCACCACUGCUGCCCACUCCUGUGUCUUUUGGUUCAGCCCUACCCUCCACUUACCAUCCUCCAUUGCAGUCAGAGCAAGUGAAUUCUAAAGCUUCUAUGAGCAAAUCUUCUCUGGCGUUCAGUCCAUUCUCCUCAGAGCAAGGACUUGGGGAACCUUCAGCUGCUUCGUCUCAGCCAGUCACCGCGGUCAAGGACAUGCCAGUGAGGUCAGGUGGACUGCUUCCAGACCCUCCUCGAAGCAGUUACUCAGAAGGUCCAAGAGGUCCAAGAUUUGAUGGUCCUCGAAGAUUUGAGGAUUUAGGUUCAAGGUGUGAAGGACCGAGACCCAAAGGGCCUCGUUUUGAAGGAAAUCGCCCCGAUGGGCCGAGACCCAGAUAUGAAGGUCAGCCAGCAGAGGGCACUAAGAGCAAAUGGGGGCUGAUUCCCCGGGGGCCAGCGUCUCAGUUUUAUAUUACCCCCAAUACAUCUGUAAGUCCUCGACAGAGUGGACCUCAGUGGAAAGCCCCCAAAGCAGCAUUUGGACAGCUACCGCAGCAGCAGCAGCCUGAGCCACAAGCAGAACCUCUUUCAGGAAACAAAGAGCCGUUAGCAGACACCACUAGUAACCAGCAGAAGACUUUAACCAUGCAGUCAACUGCCUUUCCCAGUGCAGCAGAUGCAAAGGAGGCCAAGGAGGCCAAGGAGGCCCAGUCAAAUGAGAAUCUAAGCGGCUCUCAGCAAGAGUCACCCAAAAGCAAAGUCUCCAAAGGUCCCAUAAAACCUUCUAAGUGGGACCAGUGUCCCCAGAGUAUGGCGAUGGCAGCAAUGGACAAAGCCCAAACUGUUACUCAGACUGUACCCCUUGCAAAUAAACCUGUACUUACUCAGUCUUCUUUUUCCUCAAAAGCAGGGGGGAUGGAGGGAGGACCAGCAGUGGCAACAUCAUCAUCGUUAACUGCAGAUAAUGAUUUCAAACCUUUGGGCCUGAGUAGUCUGCCCCAUUCAGAAACCAACCAAGAAAAAGGGCCGCCCUGUCCAGAUGACAGAGAUAGUAGGGUAGAUGGCAGUCGAGGCAGCAGCUCGUCUUACAGAGCUGCUGGGCAAAGCAGAGUGGAAGACUCACAGGACAAAGGACUAGCAGGUAGAGGGCGAGACCAGCCAGUCAGCCAUGACCCAGGGCUGGUCAAACAAGAAGACUUCCAAGAUACGAUGGUGACUAGGAAAGAAGACAGUCGAGAGAAGAUGAGCAGAGGGGAAGGUAGCCGGGACCGAGGGCUGGUGAGGUCAGGGAGCAGUCGGGAGAAAGUACCAGGUAGUCUGCAAGGCAGCCAGGACAGGGGGAGAGCUGGCAGCAGAGAAAGGGGCCCAACCAGGAGAGCUGGGAGCCAGGAGAGAGGACCCCCUCGAAGGGCCGGGAGCAGGGAAAGAGCACCAGCCCGGAGAGCUGGGAGCAGGGAGAGGGCACUGCCCCGUGGACCUGGCAGUCGGGAAAGAGGGCUGGGGAGACCUGAUUUGGGCCGGGAUAGAGGGCCGUUUAGACCAGAACCUGGGGAUGGUGGGGAAAAGAUGUAUCCCUACCACCGAGAUGAGCCUCCUUGUGCUCCAUGGAGUCACGGAGAAGACAGAGGGCACGAAGAGUUCCCAUUGGAUGGCAGAAAUGCUCCAGUGGAACGUGAAAGACUUGAUGACUGGGAUAGAGAUAGAUAUUGGAGAGAAUGUGAACGAGACUAUCAAGACGACACCCUUGACCCAUAUAACAGAGAGGACAGGUUCUCAGCACCACCGGCCCGUUCUCACGAUGGAGAUAGACGAGGCCCUUGGUGGGAUGACUGGGAGAGAGAUCAGGAUAUGGAUGAUGACUACAACAGGGACAUGGACAGGGACGUGGACCGGAUCGGAAGACCCAUGGAUGUGUAUGACAGAAAUUUGGAUAGUGAGUGGGACAGAGAUUAUGGGAGACCGAUGGAUGAACAAGAAUCACAGUUUCGUGAACGGGACAUUCCAUCUCUUCCACCUCUGCCACCCCUUCCGCCUCUUCCACCUCUGGAUAGAUACCGAGACGACAGAUGGAGAGAAGAAAGAAAUCGAGACCAUGGCUACGACCGAGAUUUCCGUGAUAGGGGUGAGUUGAGGAUCCGAGAGUAUCCAGAAAGAGGAGACACGUGGCGGGAAAAGCGCGACCACGUGCCCGACAGAAUGGACUGGGAAAGAGAGCGGUUGUCAGACAGAUGGUACCCGUCUGAUGUGGACAGACAUUCCCCCCUGGCGGAGCCCAUGUCCUCACAUCGUUCUUCUGAAAUGAUGGGGUCGGAUGCAAACUUAGACUCUGACCAAGGCCUUGGAGGGGUAAUGGUUCUCAGUCAGAGGCAGCACGAAAUCAUUUUGAAAGCUGCACAAGAACUGAAAAUGCUUCGGGAACAGAAAGAACAGCUUCAGAAGAUGAAAGAUUUUGGAUCUGAGCCCCAGAUGCCCGACCAUCUGCCACCCCAGGAGUCAAGAUUCCAGAACACAUCAAGACCCGCAGUGUAUCUGCCUCCAGGGUCCUAUAGGCCACCCCCUCCUCAGAGUAAGCCAAAGCGGCCAAUCCUAAGGCCGUCCAUCCUAGCAGCAAGAUUGUCUGCGCCUGUGACCCGGCCGCCUCUCCCAAUACCGCCACCCCUGCCCCCACCUCCCCCUCCUCCGCCUCCUCCAGCCAUGAUGAAGCCACCGGCAUCAGGUAUGGAACAGGAACGCUGGGAUGAAGACUCUUUCUAUGGCCUCUGGGAUACAAAUGAGGAACAAGGACUGAAUUCAGAAUUUAAAGCAGACGGUGCAGCCAUCCCAUCUGCGGCAGUGUUGCCACCCCCACCCAUACACCCCUCCAUCCCGCCUCCUGGCCCACUGCCCCUGGGCCUGCCGCCCAUGUCCAAGCCGCCGCCAGUGCAGCAGACUGUGGACUACGGCCACGGCAGAGACAUGCCCACUAAUAAAGUUGAACAGAUACCCUAUGGAGAAAGAAUAACUCUGCGCCCAGAUCCAAUACCUGAAAGAUCAGCUUUUGAGACAGAGCACAUGGGUCAACGUGAUCGUUACGAUAGAGACAGAGAUCGUGAGCCUUACUUUGAUCGUCCAAGUAAUGUCAUGUCAGAUCAUAGAGAUUUCAAAAGAGAUCGAGAGACACAUAGAGAUCGAGAUCGUGGUGUUAUCGACUAUGACCGGGAUCGAUUUGACAGAGAACGCCGGCCUCGAGAUGAUAGGACUCAGUCAUAUCGAGACAAAAAAGAUCAUUCCUCAUCUAGAAGAGGGGGCUUUGAGAGACCAUCUUAUGACCGGAAGUCUGACCGACCAGCUUACGAAGGACCGUCCAUGUUUGGAGGAGAACGAAGAGCAUAUCCUGAAGAGCGAAUGCCCUUACCUGCUCCCUCACUGAGCCACCAGCCCCCUCCAGCUCCACGCGGUGAGAAAAAGCCUGAAUCUAAGAAUGUGGAUGAUAUUCUGAAACCACCUGGCCGAGAGAGCAGACCUGAGAGAAUCGUUGUUAUCAUGAGAGGGUUACCUGGCAGUGGAAAGACACAUGUUGCAAAACUUAUUCGGGAUAAGGAGGUAGAAUUUGGCGGCCCUGCACCCAGAGUUCUAAGCCUAGAUGAUUACUUCAUCACUGAAGUAGAAAAAGAAGAAAAAGAUCCAGAUUCUGGGAAGAAAGUGAAAAAGAAGGUGAUGGAGUAUGAAUAUGAAGCCGAGAUGGAGGAGACCUACCGCAGCAGCAUGUUCAAAACUUUCAAGAAGACUCUGGAUGACGGCUUUUUCCCCUUCAUCAUCCUGGACGCCAUCAAUGACAGAGUUAGACAUUUUGACCAGUUUUGGAGUGCAGCGAAGACCAAAGGAUUUGAGGUAUAUUUGGCUGAAAUGAGUGCAGAUAACCAGACUUGUGGCAAAAGAAAUAUUCAUGGAAGAAAGCUAAAAGAAAUAAAUAAGAUGGCUGACCACUGGGAGGCAGCGCCUCGCCACAUGAUGCGCCUGGACAUCCGCUCUCUGCUGCAGGACGCUGCUAUUGAGGAAGUAGAGAUGGAAGAUUUUGAUGCAAAUAUCGAAGAACAGAAGGAUGAAAAGAAAGAUGCAGAGGAAGAGGAAAGCGAACUGGGUUACAUUCCGAAAAGCAAAUGGGAGAUGGACACAUCUGAGGCAAAGCUAGACAAGUUGGAUGGCUUGAGAACUGGUACUAAAAGAAAACGUGACUGGGAGGCGAUCGCCAGCAGAAUGGAGGACUAUCUCCAGCUCCCUGAUGACUAUGAUACCCGCGCUUCUGAGCCUGGAAAGAAGAGGGUGAGAUGGGCAGAUCUGGAAGAGAAGAAGGAUGCAGAUAGGAAAAGGGCCAUAGGUUUUGUGGUCGGACAGACUGAUUGGGAGAAGAUCACAGAUGAAAGUGGUCACCUGGCUGAAAAAGCCCUCAAUCGAACCAAAUAUAUAUGAGACUAAGUUUUUGAAUGGAGUCAUUGUUCCUCUAAGGUGGUUCGCUGUGAGGUGACUGAAGCCACGGGCCCUGCAGCUUCGUUGUGUGUCACCUUGCUUCUACGUUUUCAGUUUUGAUUUUGUUUCUACUACUUUAGUUUUUUAAGCCCUCCAGUGUCCCCAAGAGGUAUUAGCAUCUUGCUGUACCCAAGCAAGACAUGAUUUUUCUUUCUAACUACUUUGGGGAGGGGGAGUAGCGUAACUGCUGACCCAGGUGGGGGUCUGCCGGUGGAUUCCAACAGAAAGCUGUUCUUCCUCCGCUGUACAGUGUCACAGACCCUCUCUCACCCUCGCUUUGUGGCUGUUUUUGUUUUUUUACUGUAUGUAACUGGUAGCUGAUUGUACUAGUAUUAAAAACAAUAAACUUUCACUAUAAAGCCAA